UAUAAACCCGGGUCAAACGCAGCGAUCUUGUCGGCAGGCCUAUCGAAGGAGAACUCACUACACCAUGAGAUCCAGCGUUUUAGUUGCCCUGUGUGCCGUCAGCGCCGCGAUGGUCGCCAGUGUCCAUGGAUACUAUGACAUGAACAGUGGUAUGGGUGCCCUGUCGGGUGGCUAUGGUUACGGAACAGCAGGCUACGCUAUAGCCCCUGGUGGCGGUGGUGGCGGUGGAUUCGGAGGAAUCUUUGGGAUACUGAUCUUUUUGUUUGUGUUCAUCAUCAUCAUCAAUGUCCUGUUCGGAGGUGGAAUCGGAGUCGGUGGUGGUGGCGGCGGUGGUGGUGGUGGUGGCAGUAGCUAUGGCGGAAAAAAAGACGGCGGAGGUAAAUAUGGAGGUGGUAAAUAUGGAGGUGGUAAAUAUGGAGGUGGCCACUAUGAUGACUACUACGACGGCUACUACAACGGCGGCUGGUACGACAACUGGUGGGACAACGGCGGCCACUCUCACUGGCAUAGGGGAUAGCUUUCAGAUGAUGACAACGGCUUUCUCGACUGACCCCUCACGACGACCUAUGAUAUGAUAUUGUCAAUAUAUAUAAUAAACAUUAAUUGAGCAUAUAA